AUGGAAUUUGUCUAAAUAUGGAAUUACGUAGAUUUGAUUGCUCCACUAGGUGUUAUUAUGAUCCAUAUUAUUUAAUUCCUUGAGUUGAAUGGUUAUUAAACCAAUGAAGAUUUUAACAGAUCCAUUAUAUCUAUUUCUACUUUAUUUUUGUGGAUAAAAUUCUUUUAUGGAAUGAGAAUAUUUAAACAUACUGGUUAUCUUAUCAGAAUGCUAAUAGAAGUAGCUUGGAAUAUGGGGAUUUUCUUGCUUUUGCUGCUUAUAACAAUACUCGCUUUUAGAGAUUCAUUCCUUCAAUUAUCUAACGAAAAAAAUGAGUAUUCUUAAUUCAUAGAGCAUUUCUUAUAUCCAGGCUUCUAUGUCUACAGAAUGAUCUUGGGAGAUGGGAACACUAAUCCAUUUGGUGAAAUAUAGAUACCUUUGGUCUGGAUUUUAUUUGUUUUGUGUUUAAUUUUCGAUAUGAUUGUCAUGAUCAACUUGCUUAUCGCUAUUAUCUCAGAUAUCUAUGCUUUUGUAGCUUAAAAUUCAGAAUAAAGGAGAUUCCAACAAAUGGCAAAGCUGAUUUAAGAAAAUGAAUAUCUUGUUCCAUAUGACAUAAAAAAGCAACAUUCUAAUUAGAUGGAACACCUGUUAUUAAUUGAUCCUGUGUAAAAUAGAGUAAAAAAAGAAGACUCUGAAGUUAUUUUAUAGGUCAAAUCUGUUUUAAAACAAAUAGAAAACAAUAAAAACGUUUUGGAUACUAAAAUUAAUUAGAUGAAUAAUAAGAUUGACAUGAUGUUGACUUAAAUUUUAAAGAUCCAAGAAGAUCAUUAAAAAGCACUUUCUAAUGAAAUUCAGCAGCUUAAAACUGAAAUUUAGUUGAAUAAAGAAAAUGUUCAACCUUCUUAAGCAGAAUUAAUAGAUGCUUAAGAUUCUCAUUAAUGA